GCCUGCGCACGUUCCCACGCACGCUCCGGCGUACGGCGGCGGCCAGGGGUCGCGAGCCGGUGGAGGACCCGCGCGCGGAGAAGCUCGAGGAGUCGGCGCUUCUUCCCUCCCUCCCCCGCUCCCCUCCCCACUCCCUCCCCCCCUCCCCAAGAAUGUUCCGCUACGAGUCUUUGGAGGAUUGUCCUCUAGAUGAAGACGAGGAUGCGUUUCAGGGCCUGGGAGAAGAGGAUGAAGAGAUUGAUCAGUUCAAUGAUGAUACAUUCGGGUCAGGUGCAGUGGAUGAUGAUUGGCAAGAAGCACAUGAGCGCCUGGCUGAAUUGGAAGAAAAGCUACCGGUGCCGGUUAAUGAACAGACAGACAAUGGAGAGAGAGAUGAAAUGGACUUGUUGGGUGAUCAUGAGGAGAAUCUGGCAGAAAGGCUCAGUAAAAUGGUGAUUGAAAAUGAAUUAGAAGAUCCAGCUAUCAUGAGGGCAGUGCAGACCAGGCCAGCUUUGCAGCCCCAACCAGGAAGUCUGAACUCCAGCAUUUGGGAUGGAUCUGAAGUUCUGAGACGAAUCCGUGGACCAUUACUUGGUCAGGAAAUGCCUACAGUAUCUGUGUUGGAAUAUGCCUUGCCUCAGCGGCCCCCACAGGGCCCAGAGGACGACCGAGACCUUUCUGAACGUGCAUUACCGAGGCGAUCCACCUCACCGAUCAUUGGGAGUCCUCCUGUUAGAGCUGUCCCCAUUGGCACCCCACCUAAGCAGGUGGCUGUACCCAGCUUCAACCAACAGAUUCUGUGUCCGAAGCCUGUCCAUGUCCGGCCCCCAUUGCCGCCACGGUAUCCUGCUCCCUAUGGUGAGAGGGUGUCUCCAAACCAGCUCUGCAAUGUCCCGAAUUCAUCCCUGCUGGGCCAUCCCUUCCCUCCGAACGUCCCUCCCAUCCUCAGCCCCCUCCAGAGAGCACAGCUUCUUGGAGGAGCACAGCUGCAGCCUGGACGGAUGUCUCCCAGCCAGUUUGCACGCGUCCCUGGGUUUGUUGGCAGUCCACUAGCUGCCAUGAAUCCCAAGCUGCUGCAAGGGAGAGUAGGGCAGAUGCUCCCCCCAGCUCCCGGCUUCCGUGGCUUCUUCACUGCUCCACCCCCCACUACGCCGCCUCCGCAGCAUCCUCCUGGCCCAGGACCUCAUCUGCAAACCAUAAGAUCUCAGGCACCAAUGUUUCGACCCGACACAACUCACCUUCACCCACAGCACCGCAGACUCUUGCAUCAGAGGCAGCAGCAGAGCAGAAAUCAGCAUCGGAAUCUUAAUGGUGCAGGAGAUAGAGGCAAUCACCGGAGCAGUCAUCAGGAUCAUCUCCGAAAGGACCCAUAUGCCAAUCUCAUGUUGCAGCGGGAAAAGGAUUGGGUCUCCAAAAUCCAGAUGAUGCAACUGCAAAGCACUGAUCCCUACCUGGAUGACUUUUAUUAUCAGAAUUACUUUGAAAAACUGGAGAAGCUCUCAGCUGCUGAAGAAAUCCAAGGUGAUGCCCCAAAGAAGGAACGCACCAAGCUCAUCACCCCUCAGGUGGCCAAACUGGAGCAUGCGUACAAGCCAGUGCAGUUUGAGGGCUCCUUGGGAAAACUUACUGUCUCUAGUGUGAAUAAUCCUCGAAAAAUGAUUGAUGCUGUUGUGACGUCUCGGAGUGAGGAUGAUGAGACAAAAGAAAAACAAGUCCGGGACAAGAGAAGAAAAACCCUUGUUAUAAUUGAAAAAACCUACAGCUUACUCCUCGAUGUGGAGGACUAUGAGAGGCGGUAUCUCUUAAGUCUGGAAGAAGAGCGGCCUGCAUUGACGGAGGAAAGAAAGCACAAAAUUUGUUGCAUGUAUGACAACCUGAGGGGGAAACUGCCCGGACAAGAGAGGCCAAGUGAUGACCACUUUGUACAGAUUAUGUGUAUCCGGAAAGGGAAGAGAAUGGUGGCCCGUAUUCUCCCUUUCCUCUCCACAGAGCAAGCAGCUGAUGUCCUCAUGGCAACAGCCAGGAACCUCCCUUUCCUUAUUAAGAAGGAUGCACAAGACGAGGUGCUGCCAUGCUUACUGAGUCCCUUCUCUCUUCUCCUCUAUCAUCUUCCAUCAGUGACUGUCACCAGCCUUCUGCAACAGCUGAUGAACCUACCUCAAAGCGCAUCUGCACCAGCACCCUCCAACCCUCACCUCACUGCUGUGCUUCAGAACAAGUUUGGCCUGUCACUGCUCCUCAUUCUCCUGAGCCGUGGGGAAGACCUGCAGAGUUCAGACCCUGCCGUCGAAUCUACACAAAAUACCCAGUGGACUGAGGUGAUGUUCAUGGCAACACGAGAACUUCUCCGGAUUCCUCAAGCAGCUCUGGCCAAGCCGAUCUCCAUGCCCACAAACCUAGUGUCCCUCUUUUCUCGCUAUGUUGACCGGCAGAAACUGAACUUGCUGGAGACAAAACUGCAGCUAGUUCAGGGGAUACGAUAAAAGAUCUCCAAGUGUGUCCUGAGCCUCCUUGCGGCUGCCACCUGCACUGCUGCCAUCACCAAUGGAGUGUUUUUAAUGAGGGAGGGAAGGUAGCUUAUUCCCCAAAGCAAAGUCUUGUGGGAUCAAUUCCUGGUUGCAGGGGUUGUGUCCAACAUGCCAGGUAGUUUGGCCACUGCUCUGUGAAAUUCGGCUGGGUGAUCCUUCUGCUGGUUUUUCCUUUAUCUUCUCGGUUACGAUUCUGCAUGUCCUCCUUUUACUCAGUUCUGAAUUUUGCAUUGUCUUUACCCUAGAGACACAAAUAUAAUACUUCUCGUAUCCCACCAACAGUCCUGUUCAAAGUAGAUUGUAGCCUACAAAAGGAUUCCUCCACUUAUCCUGUUUAAGUCUUUUUUCACUGUCUCAUAUUAAUACGAUUAUAGGAAAACCAAGUAGAAAUCAAAAUAUAGAUAAAUACUACACUUACCCCUAAACAUGUGUUUAUACAUUUUCCAAAGGGCCCUUAAAUCAAUUUUAGAUUGAAAAAUACUUAGUUGAAACAUACCUCUUUGAAACACAAAACCAGCUGAUGUAUUUUUAAUCUAUUUCUAUUUCCUCUUUUAAUUAAUUUGAUGGUUUCUACUGGUUUCCAUAAAAACAGGGUAUGCCUCAUAUUUAAUAAAAUCAGAAGUUCUUGAUUGGCUAAUACCCAUCUCUAGGUUGAGAAGUCCUUUGUCUCCUUGCACCUUUAUUUCCUUGGUUCUGCCUACUGUAAUGGAGACAGCACAGGGUUAAGCCUUUUUCAUGCUACAACUUCAGCGUACUUGAGCCUGUCCCUUCAAGUGCAUUCAAGAUGCACGGAAUGCUCCUGACUUAGAGUCUGCUUCUGCAGUGCAGCUUUUUGCACACUCACCCUGUCUUCCUGAGACUACUUAUGUAAGCCAUGCUUUUACCUCUCUUCCCCAAUUAUUUGAUGCUGUGGGAGAAAAAUCUUUUAGUGUAACCAUGGAAACUAAGUUUGACCGGUUAGCUCUGCAGUUGCCUGCACACUACAGACAGACCUGCUGUCCUCGCUCCUCCAUCUCGCCCAAGUCCCGUUCCCGGGCAGCCAGGGACCUGGAUCUGAGUCCGAGCAGGGAGGGCCUUCCAUGAUCUUUCUCACUUACCCCUCUCCCAUUCAGCAGUCAGCCAGGAUAAGGAAUUUUGGUCCCUGUGAUUACAACCCUGAAUUAACUAAUACCAAAUUAAUUUUACAUGACUGUCCUUAUCUGCUUUCUGCUGUUCUUACUUUUUUGAAUGUAGUAGAAGGGACAGACUAUGACGUUUAAAGAGAAUAAGUAUUUUGCACAUACACAUAUUGUACAACAGUAAAAUCCUCCACUAUGACCAACUGCCUUUGUUCUGCAUCUCCAUUUCUUCCUGUUCUGAAGCUCCAGGCUCCGCCAGCUGUUCCUCAGUAACGUUUCCUAGCUUCCCUCCAACCAUUGUCUGAAUUUUGCUGUUAGGCACCUUUCCUACCUUCCCUUCACACUGAUCAAGUGAAUACUUGAUUAUUAUUUCUUCUUUACUGUGCUUUAUCUUUUUUUUGUUUGGUUGGUUCUAAUUAAUGAAAAUUAAAGUUUCUAAAUUUACAUUUUUAUAGGAUAUUGUAAAUAAAAACAAAUUGUAUACUU